AUGUGUGUUCUGCUCUUCAUCCUGAGCCUCGCAUUGACUGCGGCAGAGGAGAAGUUGGUGAAGAAAACUGAAGUCAAGUCCAAGUCCCUACCUAAACCCCCAGGCAAGGAGCUGCAGACGGAGAGGGAAUCACAGAAGGAAACCGACUCGAAGCCGGAAAAACGCGGUGCUCUAGGAGAAGAAGGACAUCUGGGACCGUUAGAGCAGGGUGGUGAUGAAGGAGGCGGUCAGGCAGGCCUUAAGACGGAAGUGGCCCACCACAGGCCCAUUGUGACCGAGAAGGUCGUGCACACGCACUUCUCUGUGCCACUCCCAUAUCCUGUAGAGUACGUCAAACACGUGCCCUAUCCUGUGAAAGUCCCGGUGCCCGUCGUUGUACACAAACCUUUUCCUGUCCCCGUUCCAAAACCUUUCCACGUCACAGUUGAGAAGAAGGAGCCGUAUCUUGUCGUGAAACAUGUCCCAUAUCACGUGAAGGUCCCAGUUGAGGUACCUGUAAAGGUCCCGGUAGAAGUUCCUGUUCCUAAAUUGGUACCUCAUCAUGUACCUCAACCUGUCAUUGAGCAAGUCCCCUUAAUUAUCAAGCAGCACCCUGAGUAUCAAGUAACCCAUAAACCAGAAGCUUACAAAGCAAGAUAUUAUGAAGAGAGUGCCGCUGGAACUGAUAACAUCAAAAUUCCUGAAAAUAAUUAUGAAAUUCCAGUUCAGUCACAUGAUGCGAAGUAUUACAACAUCCCUGAAACGUACAAAGCGAUAGUGCCUGAAACCAGUUACGGAAACUUUGCGCUCCCUCAACCCACUUAUCAACAUGCUGUUCUCGAAAGCAACCACUAUGUUCCUGAGUACCAACAAGGAAGUUACUACGAAACUCAGUCUGCUAGUAUCAGCAAUCAUGAGUUGGACAAUUCUGGGGCUCACAAGGGAGAUAUCUAUGCAGGUUUGGUGGGCAGCGGUUAUUUGAUUCAUGGGCAUGAACCAGAAAGUCACGGAUACAGUUACCAGAGGGUCAACAGCUGUUGA